CUCACCGUUGAGUCACAAGCGCAAGCGAAGCUCUGAUCCGACGGAAGGAGAUAAUAUAAUGAAUUUAUAAAUUUAUCGCCGGGGUUCCGCUUUAUUUUCAUCUUUUGUGCAAAAAUACACAUUGUUCAAGCGCAUCUUACCGACAGAAAGCAGAUUAGGACUACGGCAUAUAUUGCAGCUCAAAGACCUCAAAGCUCCCCAGCAAUAGUACGCUUCGUUAAUCGGUUAUUAUACAAGAGUGCAAUUCCGAUCAUUGUUCUCAUACAAGGAAAUUUGAUAAGUGAAAGUAACUGUUGACUUAGAUAAUGGAUUAUGGAUGUCUGGUUGUCAUGUAAAGUGCAACCGCAUAACCGGAAACGAAGAAAGAUCGACUUGUCCUUUCAAAUACAUGCAACUGAGUUUCACUAUCGGCAUGGCUAAUUCUGGACCACGCAGUCCUACACCAGACGACUUUGACUUGACCGCAAUACUAAAAUCCGGUGUACCCGGAGGUUUUUGGCCGUCAGACGGUGUCGUGCUUGCUGUUGCUAGAGGGAAAGAUGGAAAGAUUGUGUCACGGAAGGUCUACAAGAGCACGAGCACGCACGCUUACAAGAAAUCUAUCGAGGGGUUGGAGGAAAAGCCAUUGCAGGGCGUAAAGGACUUAUGCCUACUCAGCAACUUCUCACCGUGUGGAGACUGUGCAGAAAAAUUGUGCGAGUGGAGCGCGCAAAAUGAGGGGGUGUGCGUGUCGAUUCGCUUCGCUCAUCUUCAUAACAUUCACGUCCGUGUGCACAAGGUCGCCGAGGAUAACGCCCUAGGUUUGAGAAAGCUGGUGGAGGAAGGCGUUCAACUGAAGGCUCUUUCAGAUUACGACUGGCUGCAGCUGUUGAUGAUCGACCGGGGAUUUGCCGCCAAGGAUGAGUGGAUCGCAAAGAGGAAGCAAGUGGACGAAAAAAAUCAAAAGGAUUUGGAGGAAAUACUUCAGUCGACAAGCCUGGACGAGACACUGGAGAAGAUGCGACUGUACUGAACAAUUAUUGAACAUUUUAAGUUUCGAAACGGAACGUUAAAGUUAAACGAGUGAACAAUGAGUAUGAAAAGGAAAUUUCCCAACCAAAUGAACAGAAAAAUUCAAAUUUUAACUUAUUGAUCACGAACGAAGAUGACCUCGGAGGACCUUAUGGAGUGUGGAGAAGUAUCAUUUUCAGACUGGUGUUGAAAAACAAAUUCAGUAGGAGUGGUAACGUCUAACGAGGUCAAGCGAUGUUUAACCUCUUCCAUUUGGAAGAUUUUCAUUCUCAAUACUGAAUCAAAUUGAAUUUAAUAAAGUCUUUCUUAAAAUUGAAAUUCCCACAUUCUGUGUUACGCUGGGAUUUUUAAGAACGGGCUGAAGUUAGGA